CGAGCAUCCACUUCAACGCUGACAACCAGCUCGCAGGCAUCCGCGACUCCGUCCGAGAACGUGAUACGCCCCCGGCGCGAUGCCCGAAGACCGGCCACGGACUCUGGCGACGCAGCAGUCGGCGAGGAUGAAGGUCCUAUUGGCCAGAAGAAGGCACAAAUGGAUGCCACAGACGAUAUCCCGACUCCACCGGACCACAAGGACUCGCAAGGAAAAGUCCAAGUACCUCCCUUGUCGCCUAUGAAACCAAGAGAACGGCAGAGCGUUGAUCCCCUCGCAGUACCAUCUGAUGUAUGGGGCGAGGAGCCCGCUGCAAAGACUGUGAAGGGCAGUGACCGCGCAACGCCAAAGAGUACCGAAGAAACGCCCGAGGACAAAGUGCCGAGCGACGAAGCGAUCGCGGACAAUGAAACGAGGUCGUCCUCAAAACGGCAUGAGAAGGACACGGCUGGCAACGGCGAAGAGAGAAGUGCCCUCACAGAUGGUAAACCGCCUCCAGACAGAAGAACAACAGAGCCUUCCAUUGAUGGACCUAAGAAUGGAGCGGAAGAGGAAAAGGCCGAUGGGCAAGAUACUGAGACCUCAGCUGGUCAGCCUCGUAAGGCAUCUACUGAAGGCAAUUCAAGCAAGAGGUCCCGGGAGAAGAACAAGGAGCACCUCAGCGACAUAGAUGAACUGGGAUCGGCCAGGGUGACGAAGUUCGGUCAUGAGAAUCGGAGGGGUCUCGAACGGGUUCAGAAAUCCGAUAAGAAACCUGACAAGGUGAGAACCAGACGCGAUGCGCCUCCAAACACGAGCAAGGAGCUAGCAGACACAACCAACAAUCUACCUUUAUCACAAGCUUCUAGAAGGACAGGGCUCAGGCAGAUAAUCCGGGCUACAUGGCGAACAAUCUCCCUCGCUCCCAUUUGGAGCUUUGCAACGCUCAUGAGUGCGAUCAUUGUCCUGAUGGGCGAUCGCCAGCUCGCUCAGAUGAUCAUCAAUUCGCAUUCAUCCGCUGCCGUGUCGCGAAAACGAGCUCUUGCUCCGGACCUUGCCCUCACCGAGAAGAUCAACAACAAGGAUUUCUCAACCCUUCUAUCCCCCACGGAGUUCUUCAUCUUAUUGAACAUCUGGAACUUUCUGGGCCUCUUGAUACUCAGUAUCUUGAUCAGCGCGACCAUAGGAGGAGCUCAAAGACCGAGUCUCCGAAACACCAGGCAUACCAUCGCCAAGGCCUUAAGUGGAAUUGCGAAUAUCCUGUUGAUGGGAGCCAGACCUCGAGGCCUCAGUAUCAUCUCACGAUCUUCUUGGACCUCAUAUGGCCGGCUGGCUAUGUUUUUGGCUCUGCUGACCCUUGUCAUCCUUAUCCUACAACAAGCCCUGGCGUUUGCCUUCAGCGCCACAAGCACACCAAAUGCUCUCCUAGACGCCACGCCUGACAUAGCGGGGAUCGAGAAGCUGUCUCACACUAUUUCCGCUGGCCAAAUCCUCCUUGCGCUCAUGUUCAUCCUUGCCAUCAUCAUCCCAGCACUCACCUUCGGCUGGUACGCCCUUCUAAAUCCGCCAUCAAAGACCGCUACUAAAGACGUAAAGGCGGAUCAACAACUCAAGACCAGGAAUACAAGGACGAUAAUGGCCCUCGAAGCUAUUGGCGCCAUUGUCAUCCUCACUGUCUUCCUCGCUGUCAUGUACUUUUUCUCCGAGAUCGUGGCGUAUUCUGGAACAGGCAGCUCAAAUCUAAUCAUUGCGAAUGUGAUCUUGGUAUUUAUGAUACCUGCGACGGGAUGGGCGUUGAUUGUCCUAUCUAGAGCGGGAGGAAGAAUCUAUCGGUCAGGGAGCCGCAGCCUGUUUGGUAAUGAUCCAGAGAAGUCUCUCGUAUAGUGGUCAUCCGCCAGUUCGUCCACGGUAUCAUUGGCAU